AUGAGUUUGAGUAUGGCCACCACCAAGGCGCCAGAACCCUCAGCCACGGGCGGCAGCGUAAGUGUGGGCGACGACGACUACACCAAGGAUGCUGUGGAACAGCCACAUGCGCAGGUCCUGGCUGCGCCCCAUCAGGAGGACUAUCCCGUCGAGAGGGUCGAGGCAGUCUACCGGAAGCUGGACAUGCGCAUCAUCCCAGCCUUCUGGAUCCUCUACUUCCUCUGCUCCGCCAUCCGCUCCAACAUCGGGCUCGCCCAGACCAUGAACGCCGCCCAGGGCCACGACCUCAUGUCGGUGCUGAACCUGACGGCGCGCGACACCUCCACCGCCCUGGCCCUCUUCUACGUCUCGUACGUCAUCUUCGACUGCCCGUCCAACCUCGUCAUGAGCAGGCUGAGCCCCCGCGUCUGGAUGGCCCGCAUCGUCUUCGCGGUCGGCCUCAUCGGCAUGUGCUUCGCCGCCGUGCGCGCAGCCUGGUCCGUCAAGCUGCUGCGCUUCCUGCUGGGCGUCGUCAUCGCGGGAAUGUGGCCCGGCAUGAGCUACUACCUGACCCUCUUCUACCCACCCAGCCGCACGGGCAAGCGCAUCGGCUAUUACUUCAGCGCUGCUCAGAUCUCGGCGGCUGUUGUUGGACUCGUCAGCGCUGGCUUCCAGAAGAUGGACGGGCUGGGAGGGCUCGUCGGCUUCCAGUGGAUGUUCCUCAUCUACGGCGCGCUGGCCGUAAUCCUGGGCUUCACCUUGCUCUGGUGGCUUCCCGACAGGCCUCUGCCUCCCGGCCAGAAGCGGGAGAGAUCAAAGUUCAUGAGGUUUCUCCCUGCGCCACCCGAGGCUCUCAUAGGUGAGGACGCCUUGGUGCACUACCACGAUCUUAGGAGAGUCUACCACCCCCGGCCCUGGACAUGGGCAGACCUGGGCUACGUCCUGAUCGACUGGCGUCUAUGGCCGCUGGUACUGAUGUACUUUGGUGUCGUGGGUGUGGGUAUCGGCACCCAGCUCUACGGGAACGUCAUCAUUGCCUCCAUCAACCCGUCAUACACCAGCAUCCAGGUCAGCCUGCUGUUCGCCCCCAUCUGGAUCAUGGACUUCUUCGCCAUCCUGAUCGUCACGCCUAUCUCGGACCGCUUCCAUCGCCUACGACCCGUUUUCUUCUCGUGCGCCGUUCUCAUCCAGAUCGCCGGCCUUCUAACCGUCACCUUUGCGCUAAACAACUCCUGGGCCCGCUACGGCGGCCUGCUCAUGGUCGGCUUCGGGCUCGGCCCCACGGUGCCAAUCUGCAUGACCUGGACCAACGAGAUCUUCCAGCGCCGCCACGGCGAGGUCGGCGUCGCCGCCGCAGCCGCCCUCGUCUCCGGGCUCGGGAACCUGGGCAGCAUCACGACGACCUACGCCCUCUACACGGGCUGGCCCGAGGACGCGGCUCCCGGCCCCUACAGGUACCGCCGGAGCAACCUGGCCAUGAUCGGCAUCCUGUGCCUCAGCAUCGUCAGCAGCUUCGCCAUGACAAUCCUCAUCCAGGUGUUUGGCAACAAGCCCAGCCACAAGAUCGUCAGCGGGGACGGCUCCUCCGCCGAUGACUUCCAGGACGGUGCAGCCCGGCGCGAGCAGGUGCAGCGAGGCUUUGGGAGGAUUCGGAUCGGCCGGCGGGGUUAG